UGAGUAGAUCAUUAGAAAUAGCAAAGUAAUAAUUGCUAUUGAUAUUUGAAUUUCCCUUUUCAAAGUUUUAGAAAAAUACUUUUGAAUUUAUAUAUUUUAAAAAUGACUGAAACCAAAAUGAAUUCGGCAAUAUGUGAAACUGAGCAGGUUCAUCAUGUGAAGACCCCGUAUAAACGAGAGCUGGUGUGGCGUAACAUAAUACUGAUGACUAUAUUGCAUUUGUCAGCUCUGUAUGGCUUUUAUUUAGCCAUAACUGCGGUUCAGUUUAAGACAAUUAUAUUCUUCAAUUUUAUUGCUUUCUUUUCAUCGUUUGGUAUUCAGUGUGGAGCUCAUAGACUAUGGUGUCACCGGACAUUCAAAGCCAAACUCCCCCUUCAGGUCAUACUAAUGGUGUUGCAGACAAUGUCCCUCCAGAACGACAUAUUUGAAUGGAGUCGCGACCAUCGCCUGCACCACAAGUACUCGGACACCGACGCCGACCCACACAACUCCAGUCGGGGUUUCUUUUUCUCACACGUGGGUUGGCUUUUAUGCAAA